UCAAGAUGGCGAUGCCCAUGCAACGAAGCACAGACAAUAUCUGACAGAUGGAUUUAAUGCAAAUUCUUUUAAUAACGAGAAAUUCACGCCGCAUUUAAAUAGAAAUCAUGAAGACGGUUUUGAUGGUGGCUGAGAAGCCAUCGUUGGCUCAAUCAAUUGCCAAAAUAUUGUCAAAUGGCCAAAUGAACAGUAGGAAAGGGUCCAAUGGAGCUUGCUCGGUGCACGAAUACAGAGGCGUUUUCCCACCGACUCGAGAAAAUGUGUUUUACAAGAUGACAUCUGUUUGCGGUCAUGUUUUUGGUUUGGACUUCAUGGGGAAAUACAAUAACUGGGACCGUGUUGACCCUGUGGAACUGUUUAGUGCACCAACAAGCAAGAAAGAGGCAACAGAAAAAUUAAAGAUGCCAGCAUUUCUGUCAAAAGAGGCCCGUGGUGCUGAUUAUGUGGUGCUAUGGCUAGACUGUGACAAGGAGGGUGAAAAUAUCUGCUUUGAGGUGCUGGACUGUAUUGAGAACUCAAUGAACAGAGGAACAGGACAGACAGUGUAUAGGUCAAAGUUCAGUGCCAUCACAGACCGAGACAUCAAGGAAGCCAUGAACAAACUAGUGAGCCCCAACAAAAACGAGUCAUUGUCAGUGGACGCCCGCCAAGAAAUGGACCUCAGAAUUGGUUGUGCCUUCACUAGGUUCCAAACUAAAUUUUUCCAGGGGAAGUAUGGUGACCUGGAUAGUACUCUGAUAUCAUAUGGACCAUGUCAGACUCCCACACUAGGGUUCUGUGUGGAUAGACAUGAUAAGAUCCAGUCCUUCAAACCAGAGCCUUAUUGGGUCAUACAUGUACAGGUGGCUCACCCUGGUGGCAGAGUUAUCAACCUUGACUGGGACAGAGUAAGGAUAUUUGACAAGGAGGUGGCACAAAUGUUUGUCAACAUGAUCAAAGGUGUAGAUUCAGCAAGAGUCCUGAAGGUUGUUCAAGAAGAGAAGUUUAAGAGUCGUCCAAUAGCCCUGAACACAGUUGAGAUGUUACGUACAGCCAGUUCUGGUCUAGGUAUGGGGCCACAGCAUACUAUGCAGAUUGCUGAGAGAUUGUACACUCAGGGUUACAUCAGCUACCCCAGGACGGAGACCACGCAUUACCCAGAAAACUUUGACCUCAGAGGAACUUUGAAACAGCAACAGUCCAAUUCAUUAUGGGGCAGUAUUGUCUCGGACCUACUCAACACUGGCAUACAGAAACCAAAAAAAGGAUCAGAUGUAGGUGACCAUCCUCCAAUCACACCGAUGAGGCCGGCUACGGAGGCUGAGUUAGGCCACGACCCAUGGCGACUGUAUGACUUUAUCACCAGACAUUUUAUAGCCACACUGAGUCGUGACAUGAAGUACCUACAGACUACUGUGUAUAUGGAGAUUGGAGCGGAGAAGUUUACCUGUACUGGUAAAGUCGUGCUGGAUCCAGGUUUCACCACGGUACUAACGUGGAAGUCUGCUGACGAGGAAACUCUUCCUGAGUUCAAAAAGGACCAGAAUCUCACUAUCAAUGAGGUAAAAUUGGUAGAUCGCCAGACUUCUCCGCCAGAUUACCUGACAGAGAGUGAGCUGAUCACUUUGAUGGAGAAACACGGUAUUGGAACAGAUGCCAGCAUCCCUGUCCACAUCAACAACAUCUGCGAAAGGAACUAUGUCAGCAUUAUUGGAGGACGAAAACUCAAACCCACUGCACUGGGAAUCGUACUGGUGCAUGGGUAUCAGAAGAUUGACGCAGAGCUUGUUCUCCCUACGAUGCGGUCGGCACUGGAGAAGCAGUUGAACCUGAUUGCAGGUGGGAAAGCCAACUAUGAAGAGGUGCUCCACCAUGGCAUCAGCAUCUUCUGUCUCAAGUUUAAAUAUUUCGUGGAGAGUAUACCGGGUAUGGACGAACUGUUCGAGGUGACAUUUUCACCUCUUGCUGCCAGCGGAAAACCACUCUCCAGGUGUGGUAAGUGUCGACGUUUCAUGAAGUUUGUGCAAGCCAAGCCGUCCCGCCUUCACUGCUCAAACUGUGACGAGACAUUCAGCCUCCCUCAGAACGGUAACAUCAAGCUGUACAAGGAGAUCAAAUGUCCGCUAGAUGACUUUGAACUUGUGCUGUGGACAACUGGUGUAAGAGGAAAGAGCUUCCCACUCUGCCCUUACUGCUUCAACAACCCGCCCUUUAAGGACAUGCGGAAGAACAAUGGAUGUAACGAGUGUACCCACCCUAGCUGUCAGCACAGUCUGUCCCAGAAUGGUGUGUCGGAGUGUGUGGAGUGUGAGAAUGGAGUCCUAGUACUUGACCCCACCUCCAGUCCCAAGUGGAGGAUGGCCUGUAACAAGUGUAAUGUGGUGCUGCACUUCUUCGAGAAUGCCCAUCGUGUAUCGGUGGGCGAAGAUACUUGUGAUGACUGUGGCUCACACAUAGUAAACGUAGACUUCAGCAAGGGUAAAACGCCACUGGCAGAUGGCAAUACAGAACACUCUGGCUGUGUGUUCUGUGACAAUGUGUUCAAACCUAUGGUGGAGAAACAUCAUGCCGUGAUGAAACGUCGAGGGGGGAGGGGCAGGGGCAGAGGGGGGCGUGGCAGAGGAAGGGGCAGGGGUAGAGGAAAACCAAAAGACAAGAUGGCAGCGCUGGCCGCAUACUUUGUAUAAAACAAUAACAGCAAUAUUAGCCGUGUUCCGAAGUAAACUGGUAUUUUGAACAGAAUUUUUUAACCAAGUAGAUUUCUUCUGACAGUUAGAGUCGAAAUACAUUGAAACAAUGCAUUUUCUUUUUUAUGGACAUCUUGUUCUGCAUCCUUUUGAGGACAGCCAAUUGCAAUAUUAACUUCAUGUCAAAGAUUAUGUUAAAAACAGUAUUUAUUAGUCUUGUUUUGACAGCAGUAAGAUAUUCAUUCAGGAAGAAGUCUGAAUUUUUAUAUAUUUAAUAUCUAUAUAUGAAAUAUAAAUACUCAAUAAAAUACCAAAAUAUUAUUUUUGUGUUUGUUAAAUU